AUGGCUUCCGCCCCGCAAAGCAACGGCCACACGGCCAAGCCUGUCACGAUUGUGGUCGUUGGCGCUGGUAGCCGUGGCACUACUUAUGCUGGUUACGCUCUCGAAAAUCCAGAGCUCGCCAAGGUUGUCGCUGUAGCCGAGCCGAGCAGACACAGACGUGGUGUCUUUUCGCGCAAACACAGCAUCAAAGAAGACUUGCAGUUUUCAAAUUGGAAGGACCUCAAAGCCAAAGGCAAAAUCGCUGAUGCAAUCGUCAUCGCUGUCCAGGACCACCAACAUGUCGAAGCUGUCGAAGAUUUUGCGGAGCUAGGGUACCAUAUUCUGUGCGAAAAGCCCAUGGCUACCUCGGUUGCCGACUGCGUUAAGAUUCGUAACCUAGCAAACGCCACAUCGCCGAAAGUCUUUGGCAUGGGCCAUGUUCUUCGCUAUUCGCCAUACAAUCGCGCUGUCAAGGACAUUAUCGACUCCGGUGCCCUCGGCGAAAUCAUCAACAUCCAGCAUAUCGAGCCCGUCGGCAACCAGCACUUUGCGCACUCGUACGUGCGCGGAAACUGGCACAAAGAGGCCGAUUCCUCGUUUGCGCUCUUGACGAAAUCUUGCCACGACAUUGACAUUGUCAAUUUUUACCUUUCAGGACUCAAGCCCACCAAAGUGCAUUCAUUUGGCUCUCUGCGCCACUUUAAAAAGUCGCAAAAACCAGCCGAAGCCGGAUCUGCCAAGCGCUGUCUCGAAUGUCCCCACGAACAGGACUGUGUGUGGAGUGCCAAGAAGAUCUAUAUUGAUACCCUGAAAGGAGAUGUUGAGAAGUGGGCUAGGCAUUUUGUCGAUUCCGAAGUUCUCGACAUCGAAAACGUGACCGAGGCGCUGAACAGAACAAUCUACGGCACCUGCGUUUACGAAGGGGACAAUGAUGUCGUGGACCACCAAAUUGUUAAUAUCCAGUACGAAGGCGGCAUCACGGCCAGUGUCACCAUGUCUGCAUUCACCGAGUCUGUUUGCCAACGUGGCACGCGCAUUCAGGGCACCAAGGGCGAGCUCAUUGGCGACAUGACUACUUUUGAUGUCUUUGACUUCCUUUCGCGGACAAGCAAGCACCACACACCCAAGCUGGAUGGCGGCUACCAUGGUGGUGGCGACACAGGUCUCGCUCGUGCCUUUGUCAGCGCCGUCGCGGAAGGCAGUCAGAGUGUUCUCCACGUCACUGUUGACGAUAUUUUGGAUUCUCAUUUGCUUGUAUUUGCGGCCGAGAAGGCGCGCACGGAGAGCUGUGUGGUGGACUUUGCUCAGUUUAAGCAGGCUAGCAUCGGCGUCAAGGACACAGACGCAAGCUAG